AUUUUCAGUAAAAAAACCAAAAAUGAUGAAACUUUUCGGACUCUUUAUGUUGAUUGCUGCCAUUUUAAUAAUGGCACCAACAUCAUGGGCCCAGUGUAUCAGGAACAGAGAUGGAUGUCAACCUGAUGGUAGGCAAGGAAAUUGUUGCUCUGGUUUUUGCUACAAAGAACCAGGAUGGGUUGCUGGAUAUUGCCGCUAAAAUGUUCAUGGAAAUUGAUAAAAUUUUCUAUUUUAUCAAUUUUUCCAUAAGAUUUCACUGAAAUAAUAAUGUGUUCAUUUUUAUUAAUAAUUUUGAUUUUAAUUUACUGCGUAGUUUAGAAUGAAAUAAGAAAUUUCUAAAUGAAAUAAAUUCCAUUUAUAUGUUUAAAAA